AUGGUCAUCAUCUCGGAUCUCCCUUGCGAGCUUCGCGAUGAGACCUUGCUUCAAGCAGUCUUAGCCCGCGGUGUGAGGUUAGGCUUGAGGCUCAGACUCGUGAAUAAGCAAUGGGCCGUUGAUGUAAAGCGAGUUCUGUUCAGGUCUCGCCUCCUUGACGAAACAAAGUGUGAGGAAAAAACAUUCCUGAAGGCGUAUUUCGUCUGGCAAAUAUUUUCGGACCAAAAGCAUACAAUCCCUCCAUUACGCACCAUUCGACGUAUCGCGGAGAUCUUAUGCGAAGACACUCAACGGCCAGACGAUGCUGCCGUUCGGCGUUGUGUGGAGUCACUAUGCUCCCUGACGAUAAUUGAAGGUCGUCAAGUGCAGCAUGGCGAUUGGGCUCGAGUUACGGAAGAUGAUAAAAACUUUGAUUACCACCUUCUGGUUGCUGCAGCUUACGUGAACCACCUGCCUUUGCUCAGGACUUUGCUCCCUAAGGUUGGCUUUAGAUUGGAUGGGAGCUCCCUAUUUGGUCACCCUGCUCAGGCAGCUGCCCUCCACGCCAACAACGAGGCAUUGGAGCUGAUUUUGAGCACCGAUUGGAAGAAGACCAGCACCUGUGCAUUCCGUGGUGCAACAGCCUAUGCGCACUUUGACACUUUGGACUUUUUGUUGGAACCUCGAUGGAAAUUUGGUAAUGGGCUGAACACCCGUUUCAUCAAUUGUAUUUGGCAGGGUCUCCAGAAAACGAGCAGCGUAGCAAUGUUUACACGGGCUUUCCCUCUACUGGGUGACUAUGAAGCAGACACUCCUGGAAAACGCCUCGGAUUUUUCCUCAGAUGGGCAGCAACAUUCGGUCACACGAUGUUAGCUUUGCAUCUCUUUCACCUGGGUGCACAAGCUUCUGGUCAUCAGGCUUUGACAUUCGAGGAUUUCAAUCCGCUGUGGGCUGCCUGCAAGUACGCCGACGAAACUGUGGUCCGCCUCCUCCUUCGCAAAGGUGCGAAUCCGAAUGUACCUUACGACUACCCACAGUCAAGUCCUCUUCAAAUUGCAACACGUCGUGGCCGUUUUGGAAUCGUCCGAGCACUGUUGGAAUACGGGGCAGAUAUACACAAGUCUUCUGCGGAUGGCCCUCAAGCCAUUGUAUCUGCCAUUGAACUUGAGCACAUGGCUAUUUUCCGCUUGCUACUUCAAUACGGUGCUACUUGGAACCCACGCAGUACCCGCAUUGCAUUUGGUAGGGUGGCUAAGGCAGGAUUGAACUCAAUGGCCACGAUACUGCUCCAAGAGGGGUUGCUGCCAACUUGCGACUCCGUUACCAUAGCACUAGAAAACGCGAAUCAUGAAGUGGCGCGAAUUCUAUCCGCAGCUCUGUCUGAAGCAAAGUUCGAUAGUUUCAGGCUUUGGGACGUGAACUGGAUCAAUUAG